AUGAAGUGCCCUUUGGCGAGCAGUCCCACUGCAGCUGAGCUUCUUGAAGCCAGCAAAAAGCUAUACGUAAAAACUGACGUGCUGAGACAGCGAAAAAUCGAACCCGGACAACCACGUCUAUUCCAAUCGACCGACGACGAGGAUCAGCCAUGCCCAAAACUGCCGUCUCCCUCAUUGGUCAUUCCUCAUAUCCCAUCGAAGCGAUCCGCGUUUCGAGUAGUCCGUGAACCACUUUCUCCACCGAAAAGUGAAUCAACUCCUCAGCGGGUCGCAAGAUUUCCUGUGGCUGUGAUCACUUCUCCUCCCCCUCCACUGCAUCCGCGAAGUACCUCGUUGUCGCAGGACUCUCCCCCAUCGGAGCAGCCUACUCCUGGUUGGAAGCCGACACCCAAACCUCGGUUGAGCAUAAUGCGCUCAAUGGUGGAACUAUCAACGGUGGAACCUGAGCAACCACGCCCAAAGCCACGACGAAAGGUGCUGCUUAGCGAACCGACUCCUGAUGGACCACAAACUGCCGUCCAUAACCCGAUCUCUAUCGAGGCCUUGCAGAACUCACCAUUGGGAUACAGAAAGAAGUGCAUCAGUAAG